UUGUGGCAAUAUGGCCGCCUCCUUGGUGUGCUGCUGAGGGGAGUUUAGCUGUCUGGGGAUAGUGAUCCUUUUCCUUCUGCUUCCCGAACCCCGUUAUUUGGGGAUUUUGUACGCGGAGCAACCAGCUGCCCGAGGCGGGUGGCGCGAUGGGCCGGACAGGGCUCCCGUGGCAACAGCCGGACAGAGAGCAAGCGCCCCCGCGGGGGUAGGACGUUCUUCCCCCCACCCCGACCACUACAAGAUCUCGAAACAGGCCCAGGAGGGAGAGCUUUCCCAUCGCCUGAACCGGACUGCCCCGCAAGGGGCUUGUUGUGGGGGGUGAGCUGUUUCCUCCUACGUCCUCACCAAAGAUUGGUGUAGCCACUCCUGGAACAGAGGCGCCACCGGCUAAACUGCGCCUUCCCCUGUAAUCUUUAACGUUAGUGCUGUGUAUUUUAUCUGAAACAGGAUUCUGUCUCAUAUUCAUUUACUUCUGUCUUGAGCUGAGGACCAUGACAAAAGCCUGGUCCUCCUUUUCCACUGUAGUUCCUGCUUAGGCAGGGAUCCUGCACUAACUUUAUAAUUGAACACAGGGCAGGACUUGCCCAGUGGAAGCUCCCUACGUUUUCUCCUAGUUUUCCUUCCAUAAAUACAGUCUUUGAGACAGUCUGAACAGCACCUUCCAUUAGAAUCUGGUAUGCACCUGUGCUGUUAAUUGAAAAGGGAUUUUUGCUGAACCUUCCGCUUAGAAUAGGGACAGCCUCCCUUUUUCAGAAGCUCUUGCAUUGCCCAAAGUCUGUGUGGCACGAGGUUUACCCUGAACAAGAGUGCCAAUCUGCUGUGAUGUCGCUAGUGCUUAAGCUCUCUAUCAGUUAAUUGGCUGUGGUUACCCUUCCAAGUGCAAGCCAUAUUUUAUAGAUACUCCUAGGCCCUUGUAUUGAAAUUUGGUUCUGAACAUAUUGUUCCUGGUAUUCUCUUCACUAAAAUAACUAAUAGUUUUAUUGUAGAUAAGGACCUUGUUCCAAUAAAGACAGCUGUUUGGAACCAAGUUGUGCGUUCCUCAAAUUAAAGUACAGCUCAUGUUUCUUUCUAUUUGUACUCAUGAGAAAGACAGAAAAAGGACCCAUAUGCACACCAGCAGUUUAUAGCUUCAUCUAGGCAGUGAUCAUUAAGUUCUUGCCAUACACUAUUAAUUAUUCCUUGUAGGGAUUACAGUACUGCCUGACUUUACCCAUUUUGAACAAGAAUCCACCAACUGCUGAGCAGGAAGCACUGGCACACUUCUGGAACAGUAGUACUCUCAAUAUCUACUCUGAACAGGGUUUCUUCCUAUAUCACUUCAUCUGGAACAGGAUCUGCCAGAUUCCUUUGCUAUUCUCUGAACGUUGUUUUAGAGUGGAGAUUUCUGAUCACUCAUUGCCUUGGUUCUGUCUCCUCUGAUGGAGUCUGAGAUGCUACAGUCACCCCUCCUAGGGCUUGGGGAAGAAGAUGAGUCGGACAUGACUGACUGGAAUUUGCCCUUGGCCUUCAUGAAGAAGAGGCACUGUGAGAAAAUUGAGGGCUCCAAGUCAUUGGCUCAGAGUUGGCGGAUGAAAGACCGGAUGAAGACAGUUAGUGUUGCCUUAGUAUUGUGCCUAAAUGUUGGUGUUGACCCCCCUGAUGUGGUGAAGACAACUCCUUGCGCUCGCCUUGAGUGCUGGAUAGAUCCUUUGUCAAUGGGGCCACAGAAAGCUCUGGAAACUAUUGGUGCAAAUUUGCAGAAGCAGUAUGAAAACUGGCAACCAAGGGCCCGGUACAAGCAGAGCCUUGAUCCUACAGUAGACGAAGUUAAGAAACUGUGUACCUCAUUGCGUCGAAAUGCCAAGGAAGAAAGAGUUCUUUUUCAUUACAAUGGACAUGGAGUCCCCAGACCUACAGUGAAUGGAGAAAUAUGGGUCUUCAACAAGAACUACACACAGUACAUCCCAUUAUCCAUAUAUGACCUACAGACUUGGAUGGGCAGUCCUUCCAUUUUUGUCUACGAUUGCUCCAACGCCGGCCUUAUUGUCAAGUCCUUCAAGCAGUUUGCUCUCCAGAGGGAGCAGGAACUGGAGGUGGCUGCAAUUAACCCAAAUCAUCCCCUCGCUCAGAUGCCCUUACCCCCUUCGAUGAAAAACUGCAUUCAGCUGGCAGCAUGUGAAGCCAGUGAGUUGCUACCCAUGAUCCCUGACCUGCCAGCUGACCUGUUCACAUCCUGCCUUACUACACCAAUCAAGAUUGCACUGAGAUGGUUUUGCAUGCAGAAGAGUGUAAGACUGGUACCAGGAGUCACACUGGAUUUAAUAGAGAAAAUUCCUGGAAGACUGAAUGACAGGAGAACGCCUCUGGGAGAACUGAAUUGGAUCUUUACAGCCAUCACAGAUACAAUUGCAUGGAACGUCCUACCCAGAGAUCUUUUCCAAAAACUCUUCAGGCAAGACUUACUUGUGGCAAGCCUCUUUCGUAACUUCUUGUUGGCAGAAAGGAUCAUGCGGUCUUACAACUGCACGCCUGUUAGCAGCCCUCGUCUACCUCCAACUUACAUGCACGCCAUGUGGCAAGCUUGGGACCUUGCUGUGGAUAUUUGUCUAUCUCAGUUGCCGACCAUUAUAGAGGAAGGAACUGCUUUCAGGCACAGCCCAUUCUUUGCCGAGCAGCUUACAGCAUUCCAAGUGUGGCUGACGAUGGGAGUAGAAAACCGCAACCCACCUGAACAGCUUCCCAUUGUAUUGCAGGUGCUCUUGAGCCAGGUGCAUCGGCUGCGAGCUCUUGAUUUGCUGGGCCGGUUUUUGGAUCUGGGUCCCUGGGCUGUUAGCUUGGCUUUGUCUGUUGGCAUUUUCCCGUAUGUGUUAAAGCUCCUCCAGAGUUCUGCACGAGAACUAAGACCUCUUCUUGUCUUCAUCUGGGCCAAAAUCCUUGCAGUGGACAGUUCAUGCCAAGCCGACCUUGUGAAGGACAACGGUCACAAAUAUUUCCUUUCUGUUUUGGCAGAUCCCUACAUGCCGGCUGAACACAGGACAAUGACAGCUUUCAUCUUGGCGGUGAUUGUCAACAACUACAAUACAGGGCAGGAAGCCUGUCUUCAAGGGAAUUUGAUUGCCAUUUGCCUGGAGCAGCUGAAUGACCCGCAUCCUCUUUUGCGCCAGUGGGUGGCGAUUUGCUUGGGACGUAUCUGGCAGAAUUUUGACUCCGCCAGGUGGUGUGGUGUGAGGGACAGUGCCCAUGAAAAGCUCUACAGCCUUCUGUCUGAUCCGAUCCCAGAGGUUCGAUGUGCUGCAGUCUUUGCCCUUGGCACCUUUGUAGGCAACUCAGCCGAGCGGACUGAUCAUUCUACCACCAUUGAUCACAAUGUUGCAAUGAUGCUGGCCCAGCUCAUCAAUGACGGAAGCCCCAUGGUCCGAAAGGAGCUGGUGGUGGCAUUAAGUCACCUCGUGGUCCAGUAUGAAAGCAAUUUCUGCACUGUUGCCUUGCAGUUUAUGGAAGAAGAAAAGAACUAUGCACCGCCUUCUCCUGCUGCUCCAGCAGAAGUUGGAAGUUUGACUCCAGGGCGGGACAGUCCAUGUACACCAAGACUUCGUUCUGUCAGCUCCUAUGGGAAUAUCCGAGCAGUCACCACAGCAAGGAAUUUGAAUAAGUCUCUUCAGAACCUCAGCUUGAAUGAAGAAUCGGGGAGCUCCGUCGCAUUUUCCCCUGGGAAUCUGAGCACCAGCAGCAGCGCAAGCAGCACUCUGGGCAGCCCCGAGAAUGAAGAGUAUAUCCUGUCUUUUGAGACCAUUGACAAAAUGAGAAGAGUCAGCUCCUACUCCUCACUGAAUUCACUAAUAGGGGUUUCUUUCAACAGCGUUUACACACAGAUUUGGAGAGUUCUCUUACACUUGGCUGCUGAUCCCUACCCAGAUGUCUCAGACUUGGCUAUGAAAGUGCUCAACAGCAUUGCUUACAAGAUUAUGCAAGUGAAAGUAAGACUGGAUUGCAGAUUGAAGCCACAACGGCUGCCCAGUGCAGGUGAUCUAGUACAUGCAACCAUUAAUGCCCGCCCCCAGCGCAUCCUUGACUCAUCGUCUCUCACACAAUCUGCGCCAGCCAGCCCUACCAACAAGGGUAUGCACAUACACCAAGUGGGAGGAUCACCACCAACCACGAGCACCAGUAGUUCCAGUCUGACAAAUGACGUAACAAAGCAACCUGUCAAUCGGGACAUUUCAUCUGUAAGACCGGCAAAUGUGGGGGUUCAAUACACUCCCCACUCCCACCAGUUUCCCAGGACAAGGAAAAUGUUUGACAAGGGCCCAGAUCAGACAGCAGAUGAUGCCGACGAUGCUGUGGGACACAAGAACUUCAUGUCAACCACAAUGCAGACAGGGUUUUGUGACUGGAGUGCCAAGUAUUUUGCCCAGCCAGUGAUGAAGAUUCCAGAAGAACAUGAUUUGGAGAGCCAGGUCCGCAAAGAGAGGGAGUGGAGAUUUUUGCGCAAUGCUCGAGUUCGGAAGCAAGCACAGAAAAUCAUCCAAAAAGGUAUUUCAAGACUUGAUGAUCAAAUCUUUCUGAACAGGAACCCGGGCAUGCCCUCAGUAGUCAAGUUUCACCCAUUCACCCCUUGUAUAGCAGUGGCUGACAAAGACUGCAUCUGUUUUUGGGAUUGGGAAAAGGGAGAGAAACUGGAUUAUUUUCACAAUGGAAACCCACGGUAUACCAGGAUCACUGCCAUGGAGUAUUUGAAUGGACAAGACUGUUCUCUACUCUUGACUGCUACAGAUGAUGGUGCUAUAAGAGUGUGGAAAAACUUUGCUGAUCUGGAGAAGAAUCCUGAGAUGGUAACUGCCUGGCAGGGCUUAUCAGACAUGCUGCCAACAACACGUGGUCUGACCCGAAGGGUUUCAAUCUAUCUUGACAGAAGUAAACAGGGAGGCGCAGGGAUGGUGGUGGACUGGGAACAAGAGACUGGGCUUCUCAUGACUUCUGGAGAUGUGCGGAUUAUCCGAAUCUGGGAUACAGACCGAGAAAUGAAAGUGCAGGAUAUUCCAACAGGAGCUGACAGCUGUGUCACCAGCCUGUCCUGCGAUUCUCAUCGCUCCCUCAUUGUAGCAGGUUUAGGUGAUGGCUCCGUCCGUGUUUAUGACAGGCGGAUGGCUCUAAGUGAAUGCCGUGUGAUGACCUAUCGAGAGCAUGCAGCCUGGGUAGUGAAAGCAUAUUUGCAGAAACAUCCGGAAGGCAACAUCAUGAGUGUCAGUGUCAACGGAGAUGUCCGUUUCUUCGACCCCAGAAUGCCAGAAUCAGUGAAGGUCCUUCAGAUUGUCAAAGGAUUGACAGCUCUUGAUAUUCACCCACAAGCUAACCUGUUUGCAUGUGGCUCUAUGAAUCAAUUUACCGCAAUCUACAACGGGAAUGGUGAACUGAUCAACAAUAUCAAAUACUAUGAUGGAUUUAUGGGGCAAAGAGUGGGUGCCAUCAGCUGUUUGGCUUUCCAUCCACACUGGCCCCACCUGGCAGUUGGAAGCAAUGACUACUAUAUCUCAGUGUACUCUGUGGAGAAAAGAAUCAGAUAACAGUAUGUGGCUGCUGUGUCAGAACAGGACAUCUUCUGGCAGGCGGGACCAUGUCUCACUCAUGAUGUACAUAGUGAAAAUAUCGACUUGAAUGUUUAGUGUUGGCUGCUGCUGCUGUGCGAACCCUUUAACUUGGACACCCCCCCCCCCCCUGAUUUUAGCUACUGAUGAUUUUUUGAGUCUGAGGGGAGGGAGAGAAGCUAUCACCUGUCUUUCAACACAGCCAGAACCUCCAGGAGCUACAGAAAAGCAACAGUUUGUACUUUGAGUGGGAUCAACCUUCUGCCACCUGGCUGCUUCUUUGGUUCUUUGAAAACAUGACUCUUCUGAAUUCAUUGAGAUGAUUUCUGCCUUGAAAAUGGGUGGGUUUCCUUUAAGACGGGAAUGAAUUCAGAACUUAUCUGCCGUUCCACAUAGUUUAUCUAGAACCUCUGUGGCUGCUACCUAUCUUCUGCCAAGUGCUAGCCCUGGCAUCCAUAUGUCAGUGGGCUUCCUGGUCUUGGAUAGUCUGUGUAUCUUUCUACUCUGUGUGCCACUAGCCACCUUUUCUAGCAUUCACAUUCCCACUGGAAAUAAAGAGAAUAGUGGGAACCCUAAGGGAGAAAAAAUCUUGAUGCUGCAAAAAAAAAUGGCAGGGUUGGCUGCCACUAUGGGAGGGGAAAGCAGAAAUCGACCCCCACUUCUUUGGUGUCCAUAGGGAAACCAGUGUGAUGCAUUUUUAAUUGCAACAGUGCAUGUUACGGGACUGGAGACCUUCCCCUCUGUGUCCACUCCAUCCUUAAGUUGCUGUAACCACUGUCAGCUCCCUUUGCCCGCAGCAAAACCCCAUAAGCACAAGAAAUAGCCUGCUACCUCUGCUAGACAGCAAGGAGUUCGCUGAUCAUUGUACCACUGCCUUAAACCUCCCCUCCCCUCCCCUGAAUGCUUUCCUUUUGCAGAAGUGCUAUUAUUCAGCUUGGUAAUGGAUGCAGAUACCUGCACAUGCAUACAGAUCAGACCCAUUCCAGGCAUCCCUCCCUCCUCCUCUCCAGGCAUUUGCACCAAGGCAGUACAGAGGGGCAGCUGUACAUACUUGCCCUACCUGUAUAUGUGCUUGCAUGCAUGUAUGCUGACUGUAAGAUAAUUAAUUACUGCUAUUCCUUUCUCUUGAGAAUGUUGGUUUCAUCUUGCACACCAUCCCUUUCCCAUAUAAUGACAAUUCCAAUCCCUUCAGAAGCCCAAGGGAGGAUAAUCCCAAGAGGAAAACUGCAUGAGUAGCGUAGAGCUCAAAGGCAAGGAGUCCUCACAUAGGAUUGCACGAGGGCCACCAUAGAAACUGUGCAGCUGUCAAGGCAGUGGCUGUGCUACCCGCUGUCCUCAAAGUUGCUGAGAGUCAUGGGAAUUUAGUCUUCUCAAUAAUGUUGUUGAUUACGAUAGUACUAAGAGUAGAGAACUAUCCUAUUAAUCUUUCAUUAUGGAUGUCGGCCUUGCAUUGCCUGCAGAAUCCAUCUCCUGGCUCUCCCAAACAAAGCCUGCUCUAUGUUAUUUUUUUGUACUCUGAUAGCCACCAUGCAGAUUUUUGGUCAUAGACCAAGGGAGAUUAAUUGUAUAGCGAGAAACUUGCUUUGCAGUCCACCAAAGUUAAAUUAUGGGAAUAAUCAGGAGAUGGUGUGACACACCCAUCUGCUGGCCAUCGUGUGAGUUGUGUGGGACAUGCAGUCUUUGGCCCCAGUUGCCAUGCCGGUCCUCUAUGGUCAGUGGCAAUGAACUCAGGGAAGGACAGAAAGAUGAUGGAUUUUGCUAAUGAGCAUCAAGCCAGAUUCUUGGAUCCAUUUAUUAACUGACUUAACCAACACAGGUUUUAAAAGAAUGGGAAUAUGUUUUUGUUUUGUUUUGUAUCCUGUAUCCAGCGUGUUUGUUUCAAGAACAAGAUCCUCUGUGCUUCCUCUCAGCUUGAGCAGCCAGAACCAUGGUUGUGGCAUUUUUUUAAAAAAAAGAAAAACAAAUGCCAGACGGUCAGCUUUCAUCAAGCGGGUGUAUGUGUGGGCUGUGCUUUUUCACAGGUCUGAUAUGGAGCUCUUAAUCAUGAAGUUUAACCAAGUCUCCAGAAGGCAUCCUACCUACACAGUUCACUUUUCUCUAUUUAUUUUCCCCACAAGAAAUUAAAAGGAAAACUACAUACAUUUAAUAAUAAACCGCCACAAGAUUGUAAUGUGAGAGUAAACCAAUUAAUGAAAAAAUGGUUAAUAAAAUGUAAAUGGCAAAACCA